AUGUGGUCGACUAUAACAAAAGCUGUGGUUUGUGGUACUCCUCGUACAAGAAGAAAAGCCGAAAGCCAGAACCGAAACCGUGAUUUUAGCCGAGACCGACACGAACCGUUUUUAUCACUAGAACGAAUUCCAAAAACCGAAAAUGAAAAUGGUUAUGGAUUCCUUGACCAGGAUACACAAGAAGUUCCUUAUUACGUCCAAGAUAAACAACAAACCAUCAAUAAUAAAACACCCAAAAGUCAACCUAAAAAGUUCUUGGAAACCUCCCUAGACAAUUUUGAUCCUAGCACAAUAGGUUCGGAAGAAAUCAUAAUGGUUCUGAAUAGAUCAUUAAACCGAAAACCCAUCCAAAACCGUACAAACGGUUUAGAAACUUUUAAACCCAUUUCUAAAACUAAUGAUAUCUUAUCACUUGUAGAACCAGAACAAAAACAGGAGGAUGUUUCACGAACUACGCAAAAUAAUCAUGAGGUCGUUGAUUUGACUUUGAGUUCACCAAAAUUUAAUGAUGUAUCAAAAUCUGCUUCAUCCAACGAUAUCGAUUUAGAAGCUAUUCUAGCCAGUAAUCAACAUUUCAUCGAGAAUCACAUACUGAAAAAUGGUAAAGUGCCUCAGAAUAUGUUCCAAGUUGAACAAAAUUUAAAGACGACACACAAGAACGCAGAAAAUUUAUCAGUGACUAAAAACAGUGUUGAUAAUCAUCUAGAAACUGGUUCUAAUAUAAACAACAUCUCAAUUCCUGAUGGACAUACUUUAAAUCCCAUCCAUUGUAGUAGAUUAAAGGAAGAAGUAAUUUAUGAUAGUUCAAGAAUAGCAAUGGGAAAUUCCGGAACGUGCAUCGAAGCCAGUAAAGGGUUUAGCAAUGAAAAUACAUUAGAUGAAGAACCCAAAAAUUCUUUAAAUAUUUUAAACGACAACAAACCUAUAGGUUCAAGUCAUCAAACUGAUACAAAAGAUACAAAUGCAGAAAAUGCAUUAAAAUUAGGCUGUCAAAAACCUAAACCUAAUGACAUCAAAACUAAUGGUACUUUAAUAAACGCAGGUCAAAUGAUUAAACAUUAUGACAACAUAUUUGACACAAUAUACACACAACAUUAUCCAAAAUUUGGUGAUCCUGUUGAAGAAUCAGGAAAUAUCAGUGAACAAAAUAAUAAACAUUCUGGAUACAGGAACGAAAAUAUUUACAGGAACGCAUCAUCAAUAUUCGGUCAUGUUAGUUUUACUCCUGAACAAAAUAGUAAUAUUAGUACAAAUAUUAGCAGAAAUAUUGACCAAGUAGUUAAUUGUGAUAUGGUUGGUGUUUCUAUGGACAUCAAACAGAGAGAACAAAAUGGCACUGAGAAACAUGAUAAUAAUGUUGAAUCAAAUCCACAAGAAGUUCAUGAAACAGAUGGACUAAAAUCUGUUUGUAAUUCUAAACAAACAAAUGAAAUUCAAUUGAGUGAUAAAAAUACGAUUGAAUCCAAUAUCGAUGACAUCAAAAGUAGUACAAAUUUUGAAAAGUCAAAAUCAGAUGAAUCCUCCAAACCCAAAAAGCGUCCUUAUUGGACUUUGAAGAAAAAGCAUAAAAUAACUGAAACUAACGAAGAAAACAAGAUCGAAGAAAACUCAUCAGAAACAAUUAUCACUUCUCCAAGGACCUCUAGAUCAUCAUCACAUUUAGAUUCGGAUAGUACAGCUUUCAAUUCUGAUGCUGAACCCACAGGGACAGUGAAGAGAAAAACCAAAAAUUUUGAGAAAAUGAAGAAUUGGUUCAUGAGGAUAGGGGAUGAUGGGAGUACCAUGAAAAAGAGUGGAAAAAAUAAAAUAAAAGUGGGUGUGAAUAAUAAUAAAAGUGGUGGUAGUGUCGACGAUGUUAAAAUUGAAAGGAGAAGUAACGUGGGACAAUAUAAAUUUGACAAUAUAGAUUAUCCUCCGGCUAAUGCAGAGCUGCAGGGAUGCAACGUCUGCGGCCGUACGUUCCUACCAGAAACCCUGGUCAAACAUGUACGAAUUUGUGAACGGAUGGCCACCAAGAAAAGGAAGCAAUUCGAUUCUUCCAAACAGAGAUUGGAAGGGACCGAAUUGGCGGCUUAUAAUAUGCCCAGAAAGAAGGGCGCCGGCGGUGGUGGCGGCGGUAGAAACGAUUCUGAUCUUCCAAAACCCAAACGCAGAGACUGGAAGGAGCAGCAUCUCGAAUUGGUGGAGACGAUUCGAGCUUCGAGACAGGCACUGAUGGAAGAAAAACGUAUGAAAGAAGAUCCAUCGUAUGUGCCGUCCUAUAAAAGAAACUCUAGAAGCGGUUCCUGCGAACCAAGCUCCACCCGAGGCGGCGGAGGAACUUCCGACGGCCAAGGCGGCGCCCAAGUCAAAAAAAGGGUUCCGGCUGGGCAUGAUACGUGUCCCUAUUGUGACAGAAAUUUUUGUACCAAAGCAUACGACAGACACGUGGAAUGGUGUAAAGAAAAGACAAUGAUCGCAAAGCAACAUAAAACUAAUACUCAAAAAGAGGCGAAACUUAAUCCGGCUAGGGAAAGAUUAGCAGCUAGAACCAAAUAUAAGGUGCCAGCUUUAAAGACAAAACGCGCUGCAGCCAGAGAAAAGUAUUCGCCAAACGGAAGCAUAGCAGUUCAAAACAGUUUAGAAAAUAACAAUAUAUCUCCUAUUAAACCUUUGAAUAAUGGUCCCAUUAUGAAUUCCCCGCACGGAAACAAUAACAACCACCACAACAGUGCCAGUAACAACAAUUCAUCUGGCAACACUGCCACAACAACUUCGAAAUCGGGCAACACCAAGGCGAUCAGCAACAGGAACAACUCUAGCGGCAAUUUGGCAAAUAAUGUGAAUAAUAAUAGUCCUGCAGUUGGUCGCAAACAAGGACCUUUGAGAAGGUCUUCAGGCGCAAGUGCCUCGUCCAUGACAGAAGUCGCAAAACACAAUAACGCACAAGGUCCAGUCACAGGAGUCAAAGGUCGCGGGGACGAGUCUUCUAUAAGAAGACAACCGUCAAUCCGUCGUAACCCAAAUCCCUCCCAAAAACCCAAACGCGAUCAAAUGAAACCGUCUACCGUUAAUUUAAAACUAAAUUUUGAUCACACGACUUCGACAGACUUGAAGAAUUUGCAACAACAAUCUGCAAAUACAAAUAAUUUCUAUUACGAUCAAAGCAAUGCCCAAACUCCAAACUAUGGGUAUGACCCGUUCAUAUCUGCCCAAAUGCAGAUGAUAGAACUGUACACACCAGACGCUACAGAAAGCGAAAAGACGUUUUGUGACGCUUCUUCGGAAAAGUCUACCAAAUCCAAUAAAAACUCUAAAGCUGAUUGCUUAAGUCUGAGUUCUAUAAUUGGUACAGAUCAUAAGAAAGCAACUGAUAGUAAAGAUACAAAACAUAGUAAACAAAAUAGUAAGAAGCAUGAAUCAAAACAAGGAUUUUAUCUUCAUGAGCAAAAAAAGCCUAAAGUAGAUGAAAUGCAGCAUUCCGGAUAUGAGGAAGAUUUCUAUAUAGAUCCAGUUUUGAUAAACGAUAGAGAUGGAUUUUCAACGGCAGCGUCUGAUAAUUCAUCAGAUGACACUUUUGAAACUUAUGAAAGUAUGAUGGAAAAUCUGGAUGAUUUUGAAGUUAACGACAAUUACAGUUUCCAAAAUAAGGCAGAACAUAAUAUUGAUAAACUCUUUCGGAAUCAAAAUAAUAAUGUAGAUAAAAUCCAUCAACGUUCAUCUACAAAAAGUGCAGGAAAAGAAAAUUGUAGCAACAAUUUACCAAAUCUUCGUGCAAAACAGAAAGAACCAACUAUCAGUAGAAAAGAAAAUGGCUACAGCAAAACUAUGGAUGAAUUCCUUGAAGCUGAACUAUUGGCUGAAAGUUACUGUGCAGAUGAACCGCCAAUAAUUCGUACUAAGAGACAAGAUAGCAUAACCAAUGAUCAAGAAAAUGGUUUAGUCAAAUCAAUGGAAGUAUCUGCAGAAGCGGAUGGACUUUUAGCCAAUUUUGGUAUCUCGCGAAGUACAGACAGUUCACCGAGAUUGAACCGAAGCAAAAGAAUUGAUUUAGAAAAAUUUGAUUUGACCGAGAUUUUAGAUGGAAAUCUAGCGACAUCUAAACAUAAUCAAGAUGACCUUUUUGGCAGCUCAUCUCCUAUAAGCGGAAGCAAAAAAUCAUUGGACCGAAAAAGAUUAUCUAAAAAAACAAGACAUGAAAUGUUAUUCGCAUCAUGUGAUAUUGAAACCGCUAAAUCCAUAUUCCCGCAAGAAGAAUAUCAAGUAUUUUCAGCAAGUUUUGAUGCAGACAGCGGUUUUUCAACAGAUCGGGAUGUAAAACAGUCGCAUGUUGAUUUUUUAAGAAAUUCGCCGAGUCCGCAACGAUUGAAAAAUAUUUCUGAAAAUUUUUAUAGCAGAUUAUCACCGACAAAAAAUUUUGAUGAUUUUGAGAAACUAUCCAGAACCAGUUCUCCAAGUUAUAACUUAACUAGUAGCUUGAGAAAUACUCCAAGUCCCGAAAGAAUUAGAAAUAUUACGAUAGAUUUUAGUUCAGGAAGAUCGUCUCCAACUAAAAAUCCUGUAGCAAAUAAAAAAUCAAGAAAUGGUUCACCUGUAUAUAAUAAAUCGGAUAGAAACACGCCGAGUCCUCACAAGUCAAAUCAUUCAGGAAGAUCGUCCCCGAACAAGAAAAACAGCUCAACUAAAAAUGCAUCGAAGAAAAAUUCGGAGAGCGUUUCAGGACGAUCUUCUCCAAUAAAAAAUUGCUAUAAUAACGCGACUCCUUUAUUACCAAAUGACAUUGUUGUAAAUUCUUCAAAUGACAUUAUUCUCCUUCUCCUUGCUUACUAA